UUACCUUCACAUCGAACAUCAACAUGAGUUUGUCAAGCUUCCUCCCCAGUUUUUCCGAGAGCGCAGUGCAGUCCUCAUCUCCUGAACUCUCAGAUGAGCUCACGGCUGCCCUCGCCGCAGGCCGCUGGUGGGCAAUAAUGGAGGUUUCUUCUCCUAUAUCUGAAGAGCCUGAGUAUGGAGACCUCACCUCAGUGCAGUGGCGGGGAACAAUGGAGGCAGGAGAAACUUUGUGCCCCAAGUCUGUGGUCUUCAGUGAUGAAUGUGAGAAGACUGAGUCCCUGCACUCAAGCUUCCCAGCUGCAACACUGAAGACCAAAGAGCUGUGGAGGAAGAAGAAGACACAGGGUGCACCGAUGCCUCCCAGGUCCCAACACGGUGCACCUGUGCCUACAAAUACCAAGAAGAGGGACCACAACUCAUCCCUGGUCUUCAACUAUGAAUCUAAGAAGGCUGAGUCUCCGCGCUCAGGCUUUACAGAUGCAGCACUGAAGACCAAGGAGCUCUGGAGGCAGAAGAAGCCUCAGGGAGCACCUGUGUUUGCUGGAUCUGAGUUCACUAAUGAAAUACUGAAGACCACUAAGCAGGGGAGGCAACAGCAAAGAAAGUGGACCGAGAUGAAGCCUCAGGUAGCACCUGAGCCUGCUGGGUCCCCACAAAGACCACCUGUGACCACUGGCUCUCAGCAAAGAGGAAAGCUCAUGAUCCCCGAGAAUCUGAGGCAACAUCUGCUAAAGGCUGCUUCUGAACUGGAAUCACCUGUGUCUGCUAGAUCCCCACAGAGAGCACCAGUGCCCACAGCAUCUCCUCAAAACACAGCCAUGCACACCAAGUCUCUACAGAGAGAAGCUAUGCCUGCCCCAGAGGUGCCAAAACCAAAGAUACCUGAGCCGCUGAGACAGGAGCUGCUGCAGCAGAAGCCCAACAAGAUCCAAGAGAAGCAAAGGCUGAAGAUACCUGAGCCGCUGAGACAGGAGCUUCUGCAGCAGAAGCCCAACAAGAUCCAAGAGAAGCAAAGGCUGAAGAUACCUGAGCCGCUGAGACAGGAGCUUCUGCAGCAGAAGCCCAACAAGAUCCAAGAGAAGCAAAGGCUGAAGAUACCUGAGCCGCUGAGACAGGAGCUGCUGCAGCUGUCGACUCGAGCCUCUUCUGUUCAAGGAGCACCUGCACCCAACAAGACCCCAGAGAGACAAAAGCUCAAGAUACCUGAGCAUCUGAGGAAGGAGUUUCUGCAGCAGAAGCCUCAAGCCUGUCCUGUACAGGGUGAUCCCAUGCCUUUCAAGUCCCCUCAGGAAGCACCUUUACCUGACAGGAGCCCUGUUUAUGUUGGGACCCCACAGGGAGCAGGAGUGUUUGCCAGGUCUCCACCGGCAGAGGCAGUGCCCGCUGAGCCUCCGAAAGUAGAGACAGUUCCCUCCAGAACCACGAAGACAAGAAAACGGAGAAUUGCUGAGCAUCAGAGCAUUCCUGUCUCUGCCACCCAGGCAUUACCCAUGUCCUCCAGGACCUCAAGCGUGGUGCCUGUGCAUUCUGGGACCCUACAGGGAGCACUUGUGACCAAAAGUUCCCCACAACAGGGAUCAAAUCCCAGAAUGACUGAGCAGCAGAAGAAGAAGCGCAGGGAGCAGUGGAGACAGCAGCAGAGACAGCGGAGGCAGCAGAAAGCAGCAAACAACGUUGAAGUGUGUGAGCCGCCUCCACAAAAAAAGCUGGGUGUGGAAAUGGAAAAGGUGCAGCUGAAGCUCAAACUGGGGAACCAUCAAGCCCCAAAGCCCAGGUCCCAGCUCACCCUGAUGAUGGAUCAUGCAGCUGUGGGUCGGCAGUCACCUCCAGAAAAAAAGCAGCGCAUGGCAAACGAAAUCAGAGGCCAGCAGUUGGGACCAAGCCGCUUAAAGCAUUUAUGUAGCAUAUUCAUAUGGCCGCCCACGCUCUCGUCUUUUCACCUGCUCCCAUGGCUGCCCACCACGGAUUUUUCAGAUUUCUUCUACGAGGACAUCUUCGCCGGCAACCUCAUGCUCGACAACGAACUAGUCGGUUCCGGCAGUGAGGAUGAUGCGGCCUUUCUUGGGGUCUCAGAGGACGAGGAGGCCAUCCCACCCUCUGGGGUUGCCCAGGCUAGCGGCCACACAGCCCUGCCUCAGUCCAUCCACCUGGAAGUUUGUGAGCGAGCGGCCGCUCGCCUCAACAUUGAGUGGCCAGCUCCACAGAGUGCCACUGACCAGGAGAGCCCGACGUGCGAUCUUUGCCACUCUGUAAUGGUGAUGUGCGCCUGCUCGGCAGCCUUGCGCCACUGGAAGAUCACAGACUUUUACGCACAGGGAACCCCUCUGGGGACAGUUAUGAUAUGA